AAGACGCAACUCUCUGCUCCUCCAGAAACCUGGGGAGGGCCGGGGUGGGAAGGUGGGGGGGAUUGGAAGGAGAAAGGAGGACUUAAAGGCACAGGGCUCUCUUAUGCCUUCAAAAUCUGAUCAGAGAUUUGCCCUCUGCUUCCCUACUCUGUCCUUUUCAUAAUUUGAGAUAGGAAUGGGGGCUUGAGAGUAGAUAUAGUGCAACCUACCCUGCAAUAAACUCUCCUCCUUUCUGCUUCCUGGUUGUGACUGAAAUGGGGAGAGAGACCUCUCAAGUCCAAGUGUAAACAUCCUGAGGGGUGGAUGAUGGGAUUUGAGGGGUUCCAGGAAGAUGCUCUCCCCCUGGCAUUCCACCAUUAAUUCUGUUCCCUCUCUCCCAAGUUCUCCUUAAUGUGUAAAAGAUCAUCUUUGAGUUUGUAGGAUAUGGUCUAAAGGGGGACAAAAGCCAAGGUGCAGGAAAAACAGAAUCUAAUGCUUCACUCAAAGGCAGCCUGUCCUGGCAGACUGGGGAAAAACACCUGCCCCAUCUCCAUGGAAGCAGAUCCAGUGGUGGGGGCAGCUCGGGGGGUGGGGGGGCUCUCAGACCCGCAUCAUCAGCGUCCCAGGAAGCAGCGCGUCAGAAAUGCAGAAUUUCAGGUCUCCUUCUCAUCUUCAUGCUCAGUUCAACAAAUGGUUGCUGCCCAAGGCUGACUGUGACCACCCCCACCCCUGCUGGCCUGGGUCAGUGUCCCCCUCUCUGGUCUCUGUGGAAGUCUUUCCUGUCCUUCCUUGUCCCACCAUCCAGGGGAAUCUGAAGCCCUGCAUGCUCACUGUCAUGCCUGCCUCUCCCAGAGUGGCAGUAUCUGGGCCUCAGUCCACACCAAGAACUGAACCCCUUGCUCUGCUGCCCCUACCUCCACUGCCAGUGCCUUUCUCUUCCAUUCUUACUCAGCCAAGGCCCUUUCAGGAGCUUCCUGGGAAGACCCCCACCUGGGAGAGCAGUCCCCUACAGGCCAAGCUCCAGAUGCAUGUGCACACAGGAACACUGUGCCUUACACGUGGGAGUCUCAGAAGAAGGGGUGAUUUCUACCAUCAUCUUAGCUACCCUGUCCCCUGCAGCCGGCUAAGCCACCAGGAUCCAGCCAGGGCAUCCCCCCUCCUAACCUGAAGGCCAGCUCCCCAUCCUGAAAAACCUGUCUGCCCCCCUCCUUUGAGGCUAUAGGGCCCAAGGGGCAGGUUGGACUGGAUUCCCCUCCAGCCCCUCCCAGCCCCAGGACAAAAUCAGCCACCCCAGGGGCAGGGCCUCACCUGCCUCAGGAAACCCCAGCCUGCCAGCACCUGCUCCAGCUCCCAGCCCAGCAUGGCAUCCCUGCUGCCCAUCCACACCGCGCCCUUGAUCCUGAUUCUGCUGGUUGUCUUGGCCCCAGGAGCUGCAGCAGACUUCAACAUCUCAAGCCUCUCUGGUCUGCUGUCCCCGGCGCUAACGGAGAGCCUGCUAGUUGCCUUGCCCCCCUGUCAUCUUACAGGAGGCAACGCCACACUGAUGGUGCGGAGGGCCAAUGACAGCAAAGUGGUGAAGUCCAGCUUUGUGGUGCCUCCAUGCCGCGGGCGCAGGGAGCUGGUGAGUGUGGUGGACAGCGGGGCUGGCUUCACAGUCACUCGGCUCAGUGCCUACCAGGUGACAAACCUUGCGCCAGGAACCAAAUACUACAUUUCCUACCUAGUGAAGAAGGGGACAUCCACUGAGUCCAGCAGAGAGAUCCCAAUGUCCACUCUUCCUCGAAGAAAUAUGGAGUCCAUUGGGCUGGGAAUGGCCCGAACAGGGGGCAUGGUGGUCAUCACAGUGCUGCUCUCCGUUGCCAUGUUUCUGCUGGUUCUGGGCCUCAUCAUCGCCUUGGCACUGGGUGCCCGAAAGUGAGGAGGCCCACCUAGGGCAGUGGGCUCCUCCAGAAAGUCCAGGCCACUGUCCAUUUUUCUCGCCAGCCCACCUCCUCCCAGGCCUCAGUCACUGGCCUUUGGCUCCUUUGGUGACAUCACCUCUCCCUCCCUGCCCCCCUCCCCUGCGUGCCUUCCUCCCUCUGUCCCCAUCCUGUCCCCAGUGACUCACCUUCCAACACUCCCUAUUAUUCCCUUCACCCCACUGCUACCAGAGUUGACUUUCUUCUCAUUUUAUCAUUUAACUCUACCCCCCCCUUAACAAUCCACCCCUCCUUCAGUGAAGUAAGUUCCCUACAAUAAAGGCUGAUGCCAUAUCUACCGUGCGUGUUUCUCCUUAGUGGGCUCCACUGUGUCUCAAACCUAUAGAAUCUGUCAAGGCUGCGGGUGCGGGUCCCCUCUCUGCCCCAUAGCCCAGAGUUGCU